CCCCAUGUUGUUCCAAUAUAAUAACCUUCCAAUUGCGGAAGAUUUCUCUCUUUUUUUCUUAAUCACACAUGAAAAAACCAAGCAAUUCCCUCAAAACCCCCCAUUUCCCACCCAUUUUCCCUUUUCAAAACCCUAAUUUUCGCCCCCAAUUUGUUGUUUUCCGGAUACCUCACCGGUUUUCUCUUCCGAUGAUGCCCAAUAUCUGACAAUUCAUCUUCCAUUGCAUCCUUCUUUCUCCUUUUUUAUCUUCAAUCCCAACCCGAAUUCGAGGAUCUGAUGGACUUCCAAGAAAGAGAUUCGUCCAUGCCCAUUUCCAGGACCUCGAAUUCGUAUACAAAUGGCCUUUCCUUGACUCAUUCUGCUUGGUUCGAGGUUCGCCUUUUCUAUGUUCGAAUUUCUCCCUGUGUGAUUGCUAGCGUUCCUGACCAUCUUAAUCUGCGCCACCUUCGACGUGAAAUUGGUGUUUCUCUUGAGAUUAAUGGCUCUCAAAUUCCCGCCUCUGACUCCGCUUCUAUUGCCCUUCGUCGUGAUCGCCUCAAUAAGGAAUCCUCCGAGGUUACGUAUGUUAGCACUGACAGCAUUCGGGUUACGGGCGGUGUCGAGUUUGAGGUCUAUGAGAAUGAGGAUUUGAUUCUUUGUGGCUCUUUGGAACGAAUGGACGCCAAUUGGAUUAAUGGGAGCGUUGGAUUGGAGAAUAAUUCGAAGACAGGUUGGACUAUGGAAUGUUUUAUGGCUGCCUCCAUGUGUUCGGGUUCCUCCGCCUUUUUCCAGCCUAAACUUGGGGUUUCCUCGCCUGCAAUUGAGGUCUAUAUUGCUGGUUGUUGCUCUGGUAUGCCAGUGAUCUUGACGCAGACAAUUCAGGUUAGUCCGAGACGGAGGAACUUGAGGCAAGCUGUCCUGGAUGCAAUUCCCGAGGAUGAAGAAGUUGGAAAGGAGGAGAAUGGAAGUAAUGGAUUGAUUCGGCACCAGAAAGUGCAGAUGUUAGAGUCUGAAGUUGAUGAUUAUGACCCAGAUGGUAAAAUGGGACAUGGUUACUACGGUGAUGAUAUGUACACUGGCGAAGAUGGGCAGCUCUCGUGGUUUAAUGCAGGUGUUAGAGUGGGUGUUGGUAUUGGUCUUGGAGUGUGCCUUGGAGUUGGAAUUGGGGUUGGGUUGCUCAUGCGUUCAUACCAAACCACAACAAGACACUUUAGACGACGGUUUAUGUAAUUAGGAUAUUGUUACUUGGGAAUCUGGAGAUUGUUAUACUAGUGAAUAGACAAUAAAGGGAAAGAGGUUUUCGGGUUCCCAAUCGUCAAGCCUGCGCAUAACAUACAAUAAUGCAGGCAAGGAAGAAUUAAGUUGUUAGGACUUUGAACAGAAUCAAGAAGUCAGUGACAGCCACUCAAGGAAGUUGAACGUCAACUUCUUCUGUAGGCAGGAUGAAAGCUGUACAGUCUCCCCUUUUUGUUCUUUUCUCUACGUGAAGCACAUUCUCUAAGGCAGCAGAGACCUUCUUGCUCAGUUCCGUGACUACUUACUUUUCUAUGAAUAUGUUUCUUUACAUAAAUGGCAGGGCUCGUGUUGGUGCUUAUCCUCGAUCGUUGUAGCCUUUUAUCAAAGGGGUUGCAACUGGACACAACCCUGCAGGAAAAAGCGAUUUCCUAGGACAUAAUAAGCUUGUGUGAGGUUUGAUUUCGUCUUGAAGAGUAUCUACUUUUCUUUACUGAUGCUGUAUAGGAUACUGCCUUUUAUUUUUCUCUCCUUUCAUUGGGGGUUAAAUCACAAAUAUAGUCGCUUUACAUUGUCAUUUUCCCCUAUACUUUAAUUUGCUUCAAUUUAGUCUUAGUACUUUUGUAAAUAUAUUAGUUUAAGCCCCGUUUGAUAACCAUUUUGUUUGUUCAUUUUUUGUUUUUGAAAAUUAAUCUCAUAAACACUACUUCCACCUAUAAAUUUCUUUGGUUCAUUAUCUACUUUCUACCCAUGUUUUCAGAAACCAUGUUAAAUUUUUGAAACCUUAAAAAAAGGUAUUUUUGAAAACCUGCUUAUGUUUUUGGAAUUUAAAUGAAAGGUUAAAACUAUAAUAAGUAAAUUAAGAAGACACACACAUAAAUUUCUAAAACAUAAAAGGAAAACAAAAUUGUUAUCUAAUGGGGCUUAGUUUCUGAAGUUGAUUAUCCAGUUAAAUGGUACUGUAGAGUAAGCAUAGUACUACAGGUGGGGAACCUCCCAUGACAUCUAAAUAUGUCGUACGGUUAUGCAUUAAAGUCCCCAUAGAUAGAUUGUAGUCUUUCGAUUGCUAUUUAACUGGAUAGUUAGAUUUGGAGACGAAAUUAAUGUUUUUGCAAAAGUACAAGAAGUAACACGAAGCACAUGAAAAGACAGGAUGAAAAUGAUCAAAUGAUAAAGUACUUAGUACUAGAGUUACAAAUUUUUUUUGGUCCCAUCUUUGUUCUCUAUUCUCUUUUGAGUUGUUCUGUCAAAAAGUUUUUGUACCUUUUCUCAUAAUUUGUAAAUUACUUUCUUGUAGUGAAUGAGUUCUGUGAAUGUGAGUAUUUAUCAAUCUCAAGCAGCACCUUCACCUCAUUUCAUUAUCA